CAUCUAAAUACAUUUAUGAUUAAGAUGUUGAGCAUGAAAGCGCAGGUGGAUGUGGUCUGCUGUAAAUCAGUAGGAACUGAUCUCUCCAUGCUGGAUAUUGAGGAUUUCAUCACAGAAAUCUGUCAGCUGAAGAAAGAGGUGGCUUCACUGGAGACAAAGCUGAGAGAAAGAGGAGACAAACUGAACAGAGAGGAUGUGGAGCAGGUUUCAGUGCGUGUGACUGAUGGGACAGAAGCUCAGGAUUCAGUCUGGAGCGUCAGAGAUCAGAGAUCCAGAGACACACAGGACUCAGAGCUCAGCCUCACUUUACUCUGUUAUACUGACGCUCAGGAUCAUGAAUCCACUGAUCAAACCUCUGACUGUAACGCUGGAGAACAGCAGAUGCUGCAGACGCCGCUGAAGAUGUGCUCCGUCAAACUGGUGGACUGCAGGAACCUGAUCGAGAGCAGAGGAGAAGAAACCACCGCAGAGAAAGAACAACAACACACUGAUGAGGAAGAGCAGGAGGAGGAUGAGAAUGAGCAUGAUGAUGAUGAAGAAGAUUUCAUUCCUCCAGAUGUCAAUGGUGGCUCAUCUUCUGAUGGAGAUGAAGAAACAGUCUCAACUUCAAAAGAGCAACUGAAGAGUUUCUCCUGCAGCACGUGUGGAAAAACAUUCAGCAAACAGGGUAAUUUAACGAGACACAAGAUAAUACACACAAAACCGAAACAGAAACAGAAAGACUUCACCUGUAGGAGAUGCAAAAUCAGCCUUCCUACCGCAGAAGAGAGGAGACUUCAUUCAAAAGAGCACAACGUGAAGAAGGAGUUUCACUGUGAACAGUGCGGGAAGGUUUUUUUCAUUCAUUCUGUUCUAAAAGUUCACUUGAAGACUCACGGUGAAAAGUCUUUCCACUGCAGUGAAUGUGACAAGUAUUUCAGCACCAAAGGAAAUCUUGAUGUUCAUAAGCGAAUCCACACGGGAGAAAGACCACACAAGUGUCCUCACUGUGAGAAGACCUACAACCAGGGAUCUCAUCUGACGAAACAUAUGCGCGUUCACACCAAUGAGAGACCGUAUCAGUGCAGUGAAUGUGGGAAAACUUUUACAGACACAAGCUGUCUAAAGUCACACCAAAAUAUACACUCUGAUGAGAAACCGUUUCAGUGCAAACACUGCGACAAACGAUUCCGUCAGAUUUCUCAUCUGAAUCGUCACGAGAGGAUUCACACCGGAGAGAAACCAUAUCUGUGCUCCGACUGCGGGAAGAGCUUUUCUAAUCAAACUCAUUUUAAGGAACAUCAGAGAGUCCACACUGGAGAAAAACCGUAUCACUGCAGUGUUUGUGAGAAGAAGUUCAGUAAGUAUGCUACUUUACAGAGGCACACAUUGACUCAUACUGGAGAAAGACCGUUCAAAUGCUCACAGUGUGACAAGACGUUUGCUCGAUCAGGUGUCCUGAAGGUCCAUCAGCGAGUUCAUACAGGAGAGAAACCUUACUCCUGCUCCAUCUGCGGCGAGAGAUUCGCUUAUUUAGGUAGUUUUCAGACCCACCAGAACAAACACACUAAAGAACAAACUGCUCCAGAAUCAUCUGAGGCGUAUUUGGGAGCUUGCUCCAAUGACUCCAAGACCAUUAUGCAGAGCCUCCCCAGGAUUACGAAAUCAACAAUGUCACCAAAAAAGUGUGUUUUUGGUUGCAAGGGAAAGAUAAGCUUGUACAGCUUCCCGAAGAACCCAGCAUUAAGGCAACAGUGGAUGCAGUUUGUUUUCCCGGGGCAGCAGCGGAGUUGCACGCAUGUGUUUGUUUGUUCCCGUCAUUUCAGUGAUGAAUGCUUUUUAAACAAGACCCAGUUUGACGCUGGGUUUGCAGAUCGUUUGAAAAUGAAAGAUGCAGCGAUCCCAGAAAUAAAAGAUCCGGGUCAUGAGUCGAAACCGCAGGCGAUGUUGAGCAUGAAAGCGCAGGUGGAUGUGGUCUGCUGUAAAUCAGUAGGAACUGAUCUGUCCAUGCUGGAUAUUGAGGAUUUCAUCACAGAAAUCUGUCAGCUGAAGAAAGAGGUGGCUUCACUGGAGACAAAGCUGAGAGAAAGAGGAGACAAACUGAACAGAGAGGAUGUGGAGCAGGUUUCAGUGCGUGUGACUGAUGGGACAGAAGCUCAGGAUUCAGUCUGGCGCGUCAGAGAUCAGAGAUCCAGAGACACACAGGACUCAGAGCUCAGCCUCACUUUACUCUGUUAUACUGACGCUCAGGAUCAUGAAUCCACUGAUCAAACCUCUGACUGUAACGCUGGAGAACAGCAGAUGCUGCAGACGCCGCUGAAGAUGUGCUCCGUCAAACUGGUGGACUGCAGGAACCUGAUCGAGAGCAGAGGAGAAGAAACCACCGCAGAGAAAGAACAACAACACACUGAUGAGGAAGAGCAGGAGGAUGAUGAGAAUAAUGAGGAUGAUGAUGAUGAGGAUUUCAUUCCUCCAGAUGUGAGUUGUGGUUCAUCCUCUGAUGGAGAUGAAGAAACAGUCUCGACCUCAAAAGAGCAGCUGAAGACCAAGAGUUUCUCCUGCAGCACCUGUGGAAAAACACUGAGUUCAGAGGGUCAUUUAGCGAGACACGAGAGAACACACACAGAACAGAAAGACUUCAGCUGUAAGAUAUGCAACAUCAGCUAUAAAAACGCAGAAGAGAGGAGACUUCAUUCAAAAGAGCACAGCGGGAAGAAGGAGUUUCACUGUGAACAGUGUGGGAAGGAUUUUUUCACCACUGCUCAAAUUAUGAAAGCUCAUAUAAAGACACACGACAAAAAGUCUUUCCACUGCAGUGAAUGUGACAAGUAUUUCAGCACCAAAGGAAAUCUUGUUGUUCAUAACCGAAUCCACACGGGAGAAAGACCGUACAAGUGCCCUCACUGCGGGAGAAGAUUCAUGUAUGGAUCUCAUCUGAAGACACAUGUGCGUUUGCACACCAAUGAGAGACCGUAUCAGUGCAGUGAAUGUGGGAAAACCUUUAGGCAGUUGUUUAGUCUACAUUCACACCAAAAAAUGCACUCAGGUGAGAAACCGUUUCAGUGCAAACACUGUGACAAACGAUUCCUUCACAAAUCCUACCUGAGCUAUCAUGAGAGGACCCACACUGGAGAGAAACCAUAUCUGUGCUCCUACUGCGGGAAGAGCUUUGCUAGUCCAGUUCUUUUUGGAGUUCAUCAGAGAGUCCACACUGGAGAAAAACCGUAUCACUGCAGCGUUUGUGAUAAGAGUUUUAGUAAAUACAUUACAUUACAAAACCACAAGAGGACUCAUACUGGAGAAAGACCUUUCAAAUGCUCACAGUGUGACAAGACAUUUGCUCGAUCAGACGUCCUGAAGGUCCAUCAGCGAGUUCAUACAGGAGAGAAACCUUACUCCUGCUCCAUCUGCGGCGAGAGAUUCGCUUAUUUAGGUAGUUUUCAGACCCACCAGAACAAACACACUAAAGAACAAACUGCUCCAGAAUCAUCUGAGUGACUUUCAUCAAUCAAUCAGGGAAAAAAAAACUUGCUAAUGUACAUCCAGCCGGUUGUUAUCGCAGAAUAAAGCGUGAAAGGAUGUUGUAUAAGACUUAAGGGCUUUAUUUUGCAAUAACAACCGGUGGACAUACAUUAUCCCACUUAUUACAUGACUGCUUGCCAAACAAAAAAAUAAAAUAAAUAACUU